AUGUCCUCCGGCAACGCCACCCAGCCUCCCAGUCGCCGUCUCAGCCAGCGCAUCAGCGGUAUCGUCGACGUCUUCCACCUCCACAAGGCUCCAAAGACGGCUCGCGGUUCCCCACCCGUUCAGGGACAGAGCGCAGGCGACGCCAGUACCGACAAAGCUUGCGAGACCAAGCCCAAAGAGUCUGAACCCAACGACGGCCCCGAGACCAACCCGUACAUGGCUCCAGAGGCCAAGUCCAAGCCCGGCAUCAUCAACAAGCUCUCAAACGUCCUGGGUGGCAAGUCCCGUCGUGAGGGCGACGACAAGGACAAGAAAGAGACUCCCAACCCCACCGUCAUCGUCACGGAGUGA